CUGAGUUUAGUAUAGUUAAAAAGUUCUUCUCAUCCAGCUCUCAUAAACCUUAUUGGUGUGAAACUUUAUAAUUUUCUGACCUGACGUCUAACAAAUGCAGAGCGAGACGACAACACUACAUUCGAGGGCACAACAGCCAACUUUUGGCCAGGUGCACGCCAUGUAUGAUCAAGAGGAUAAAUUGAAGACGGGUUUCAGAUCAUCCAGCUUUUACAGGACCAGGAUACGUGGAUCCAGAUACAACGGGCUGGUCUUUAGCAUCUCCGUUGCCCUGGCAACGCUUUUGAUCUAUUAUCUGGUUUACUGGAGAAACGACAGAGGGGUGAGUGAGGUGGGGGAAGAUAACAGAAUGGACCAUGGCGUAUUUGAGAACGCCAAUCCCAAAUUCGAUGGUGUGAAUAAACGAGUUGAAUUGGAAAAUGAUGCCAGGAGGGCUGGCGAUGGUGGAUGGGACGACAAAGGGAGAAGGGAGGACAUUAUCAAUCAAGAUAAAGGGAGACAGGACUAUGAACCUCAGGUUAAUCCGCAGAGAAUGGGUGAUAGAAGAUCGAAUGGUCUCCCGAGAGAGCACCGAGGCCGUAUCAACCAGAAAAAUGAAGAUAGAUUUCAACCCGAGAAUCAUUUCAAUCCCGAGGAGGAUCCGAUUUACGAUGGAAAUGGCGACAGGGAACAGAGAAUUCAAGAUCAACCAAGGAAGAUGGGUCCUAGAAUUAAUAAACCUAGGAUUGUACCUAAUAAUGAUUUCGAAGGCUUAAAGGUUGGUGAUGAUAUGAGAGAAGCCGUCCCGCGACCAAAACCCCAGUUUAACAGAAAUCCACCUAAAGUUCUACCAGUUGGCCGCGAAGGUGGAAUUAUCUUAAAUCAUCGUGGCGACCUGAAAGAUAUAAACCCAAAAGAUGUAGCUCCUAUAAUGCCUGAUGUCUUAGGAAGACAACCUGGCAAGAAGAAUGAUUUUGCCUUAGAGGUCCCCAGGGAAGUCAAUCCUGAUUAUCUUGGUGUUCAGCAGCAUAACAUGGAUCCACGCAAUCAGCCUAAACUACCCAAGUUCAAACCGAAUAGACAUAUCGACCCUCUAGCACAUGAUCCGGCUGAUAUGAAGCCUAAGCCAAGACCCAAGGAAUUCCCAGUUACCGUUCUCCAAAAGCCAGAUCCGACGUCUUGUCCAACCAAUCGCUUCGUCCUCAUCUUGGUUCUCUCUCAGGUUCACGAGAUUUCCUCUCGAGGCACCAUCCGCAAAACAUGGGGUGAUCCGUUCAAAUUCCAUAUAUUCGGCACGGCAGAGGUGGACAUGACAUGGUGGGUCGUCUUUGCCAUGGGCAGCGGUAAAACUGAUAACAAAAUCGAGCUGGAGAAUGACAAAAACGGUGACAUUCUGCAGGGUGAUUUUAUCGAUAUUGAAUCUGAACAGACGAGGAAGGUCAUGAUGGCAAUGAAGUGGUUGCAUGAAUUACAAUCUUCUAAUCCAAGAUGUCGUCCAACAUACUUCCUGAAGACGGGUUCCAACGUAUUUGUUAAUGCUCGGGUGCUGACAAGAUGGAUGGUGAACGAAUUUAAACAGACAGAGAAUGUAUACACCGGUCAGAUGAUUCGGAAUGAUGAUCCAAUCCGAGACUCAUUUGAUCCACAUUUUGUUCCUUACUCAGACUUCAGGGAAGAGGUGUUUCCUGAUUUGGCGCAGGGACCAACCUACAUGCUCUCGACGGAUGUCGUCCACCAAAUGGUCCCCUUGUUCGACCGUGUCAUCCCCAUCGCUAUGGACGAUGCCUAUAUUGGAAUCCUAGCAUCGGUUCUCAACAUCAAACCUAUGCAUGACGAACACUUUGUUCAUCCAAGAAGACCAUCCAAUGUAUGCCAUUAUAAGAACAUGAUGUAUAUAUACGGGGUAAGUCUGCAUGAAAUUAAGCACGUCUACAAUGUUAUUAUGGGUCAUACUGAUCGGCACUGCCUUAACCAAGGUCUUUAAACAUCAUGACAGGGUUAUUUAAAUUACACAAUAUGUCGGAGUCGAUGAUCAAGGAAAAUUCAAAGUACAUGUGAUUUGAAUUGAAUACCUAAUGGACAACAAAUCGGGACAGAUCUUUGCUUAACAACUGGCAACGAAAUGGUCGAAAAAUUAUUCGGCUUUGUACCUUCACGUUUGCGGAUACCAUAGCGUACUAAAUCUUUUCAUUUUCCAGUGAUCUAAAUAACAAUGUUUGCUUUAAAAUGGUCUAUUCAAAGAAAUACACAAAAUGUCAAUGUAAAAAGUGAAAGGUAUUCGGAAACUGUUUAGCCUCAGUUGGAACUGUAUUUUGUAAUAUAUAGACAUUUUAUUUGGUCAUAGGGUAACAAAUUAUUUCAUUGUCACACCUAACUCACAAACACUACUUGUAGGAGUUCCACGUAUAUUCUAGAAUUGUUAUAUUUAAGUACUACACACAUGAAAAUUACAUUUUUUUGCUUGUCAGUUGUACUUUCAAAGGUCCAUUUUCCAUUUUAUAUUUAUAGUCUAAUUUGUUAGUUCAGAUAAGAAAGAUUAGUCACAAAAACUGUAAUUAUUGUAAAAUAUGAUUCAUAAUAAGCUUUAUUUAUAAUUUAGUUAUAUUAAUAACUUUGACACAAAUUUGGAUUUGACAUUGAUUGCUGUCGGACGGAUUGAAUUUUGCUUUUGUUUCACAUAUUCACAGUGAAAAAAUAACACGUUGUUUAAGCCUGUCACUCUAACAACAAGUUGUAUAAACUUUUUUGUGAUUGUUUAAACUUUUUUAAACAAUCACAAAAGUUUAAACAGUAAUUGUUAGAGUGACGGGUUUGAGCAACGUGCUUAAAAUUUUAAACAGCGUUUUUACAAUGUAUAGUUUGUGAUUUAUGAAACAUCAUUAUAAAAUAUGACUUGUUAAUGCCCAUUUCCACUCAUCUCAAUUCAAAUGGAAUGAAUGCGUAGCACGUGCCGGAGCACAUGGUUUAAUCCAAAUAAAACUAAUAAUCAAAGUACACUUUUACUGAUAAUUCUCAAUGAUUAUACUGUACAUAUAUUUAUCAUAUGGACCUCAAUACUGUGUGUAUGUAAGUAUAAUAAUAAAUAACUCGUAUUUCUGUAGCACCAUUUUCUCGAGAUACAAACACAUGAAGUUCAUUACUCAUGUCGAUAAUAUACCGCGUAAAAUCUUAGCAUAUCAUUAAUAAUAUGAAUAUAAACGUAUGAUAGAUAGAAUACUAUAAUCAUAAUAGAUAGCCUUUGGAUAAGUCCUCGCUACUUGUCUGCUGAACAUGGAUUGAAAUUAGACUAAAGCAGCGUGGUUACUAUGUAUUGAUCGCCGGACCGAGGCCGAUUGGUCUCUGUUUUCGGGCGAGUGUAGGCCGUGUUUAGGAAAAUAGCAGCACCAAGUGCCUUGGAUAAAGGCUAUAUAAGAGACUUAAUUUACCACCGCCAUAAUCAUGAUAACUAUUAAGUAUAGUUCAGUGUCGGUAUUGAUUUAUUGCAUUGCACUGUACAUUUGAAGUAAUAUAUUGUUAGGAGAGUGUAUUUGUGUACGUCGUACUUGUGACCAUAUGGUCUACACCUGUUCUAUUCCUCAAUAAAGCACUUUGGUUUAUGAAAAUUUGUUCAUGGAUGAGGGUGGUAUUGAUGGGAGAACUGUGUAAAUAAAAAAGAAGAGUUUUGUUUUACAUAAUUUAAACAUCAGAUAAAAGAAGAGUGAUUUAGAAACUAUCUUCUUCUUAUUAUUUUCUCAUCCGCUGUCUUCGGAGAUAUAACGUAUAUCAUAUGUGUAUAUUAUACUUAAAGGCUUAAGAUUAAGUCAGUUUCAGAAAAAAUAUAUUGACACUGUGCGUCAGCAAUUUAUUUUCUUUAUGUUUGUAAAAUUUCAUAUCUGUUGCUUUGAUAACAAUAAUUUGAUUUUACAGGUGCAUUAUUAUUAUUUCAAAAUAAUGUUCGGUAUGUUUUUGUUCUGAAGUGCCUUGUAUCUGGAGAUUUUAGCAUGUUUUCACAAAUUGUGGACUAGAAUGAUGAAAAAAUUAUUAGUGCAGUUGUUAAAUAUUCAUGUAAUCUGAUUUUAAGAUUCAUAUACUAUAUAGAACCUUGGUGUACGAUUCGAUUAAGUAAUUACUUGUCAGUAACAGGUACUGAGACGUUGCAUGAAAGGGUAACUAUGCCAUUCAGCAAUCAACAUUAAAUAAGGAAAAAAGGAGCAUAGUGGUUUAGUGGUAGAGUAAUCCCCUAUUGGACACGAGGUUGUAUAGGUUCGAUCCACGGACGAUUUACAAAAUACGUUAUGAUCUCAUGAUAACAUGUUACAGGGGCUGCUAGAAGAUCAGUAACCAUGAAUGGGAAAUUAGACAUAUUGCUAUCAUUGUUCAUUAUUGUCAUUGAGUAAAAGGUGUAACUUUAUGAUAUUGUCUAAGAAGAAUAUUUGUGAUUUUAUUUUGCUAAUGAUUUAUGAUUAAUAAAUAGCCUGUGCAGAGCU